CGAGCUGCUCCUGUCCGCGCGCCCUCUGACGCGUUCUGAGCCGAACAAACGUGUCCUCGCGCCAGACUCAAUGACACAGAGCUGCCAACUUUUCAAAAAACCUUCGAGUGAGAUUUUUUCGGGGGUGACCAACAUUUCGGCCCGCUGGACGCCUAUUGAAGAGCCCUGUUUUAUAAAUAAUGCGCACCAGGCACCAGCGGUGAUUGAGAAGUAUGAGUGUGAUGUCAUCAGUGAUGCGGGGCGCUCGCCGGCUCCUCCACGCCGACCCGGCUCUGCUCAACAACUUCCUGUCUCUGCCCAGCCUCUGUCCUGCUCGAAGCUCCGCCCCCCAGCUCACCUGUCAACACAACAGGAAGUUCGCCUCCAAACAGGUCAAAGGUCAGAGGAAAGAUCAGAAGAACCUGAAGGUCAAAGCCAAAGUGGACAAACAGGAAGUGGAGAUCAGGCAGCGGAUGACGGCGGCGGCCCUCGCCGCGGCCAUGAACAAAGACUUCGACCACAUCCUGGAGGCUCUGCUGAACACCUCCCUGGAUGUGGACUCUCUGGAGCCGGACUCUGUUCUGGAGGAGAAGUGGGUCAAGGAGGUGGUGACCCGGUCGGGGAUGAAGUUCAGGUGGGCCAAGCUGAGCGAGAGCCGAGUGAAACCCAACAGGGACGUCCACAGGAAACCUCUAGGAGACCCGUCUCUCCUGGCCCCACGCCCCCCAGUGGUCACCAUCAUGGGCCACGUGGACCACGGUAAGACCACCCUGCUGGACGGUCUGAGGAGGAGCCAGGUGGCCUCCACAGAGGCCGGAGGGAUCACGCAGCACAUCGGGGCCUUUCUGGUCCAGCUGCCCUCAGGGGAGCGGAUCACCUUCCUGGACACCCCGGGCCACGCUGCCUUCUCCUCCAUGAGGGCCCGCGGAGUCAGCGCCACGGACAUCGUGGUUCUGGUGGUGGCGGCGGACGACGGCGUGAUGCCCCAGACGGUGGAGUCCAUCCAGCACGCCAAGAGGGCCAACGUCCCCAUCAUCGUGGCGGUCAACAAGUGCGACAAACCUCAAGCCGACGCCCACCGGGUCACACGGGAGCUGCUGGAGCACGACGUCGUCUGUGAGGAGUUCGGAGGAGACGUGCAGGCCAUCCACAUCUCCGCCCUCAAGGGUGACAACCUGCUGGCUCUGGCCGAGGCCACGGUGGCGCUCGCCGAGGUUCUGGAGCUGAAGGCAGAACCGAGCGGCGCCGUGGAGGGACUCAUCAUCGAGAGCCGCACGGACAAAGGCCAAGGGCCCGUGACCUCGGUGAUCGUGCAGCGCGGCACGUUGCGGCGCGGCUGCGUUCUGGUGGCGGGGACGAGUUGGGCCAAGGUCCGCUUCCUGUUCGACGAGAACGGGCGCGCCGUGCCGGAGGCCGGGCCGAGCGCCGCGGUGCAGGUGGUGGGCUGGAGGGAGCUGCCGUCAGCCGGAGAGGUGCUCCUGGAGGUGGAGUCAGAGAAGCGGGCGAGGGAGGUGGUGGAGUGGAGGAGUUACCUGGAGGAGCAGGAGAAGCUGCAGGAGGAGCAGAGCGCCAUCGAGCUGAAGCAGGCGCUGCACCUGGACGAGUACCGGGCGGAGAGGGCGGGGCUUACGCACCUGAGCUGGAGGCAGAGGAAGGCGGCGCUGUACCGAGCCAAUAAGAACAGGUUCUCCUCCAGGCCGAGCGAGAGGACGCAUAGAGACGGGCCGCACCUGCCGCUCGUCAUCAAAGGGGAUGUGGACGGCUCUGUGGAGACGCUGCUGGCCGUCCUCGAUGGCUACGACGCCCAGCAGCAGUGCGAGCUGGAGGUUCUACACUUCGGCAUCGGGGACGUGUCGGAGAACGACGUGGACAUGGCCGCCAUGUUCACAGGCUCCAUCUACGGCUUCAACGUGGCCGCCAGCCGCGCGGUGCAGCAGCUGGCGGCGCGGCGCGGCGUGGCGCUGCGGCUGCACAGCGUCAUCUACCGGCUGAUCCACGAGCUGCAGGACGAGCUGAGCAGCCGGCUGCCGCCCCGCAGGGGGGAGCGCGUCGUGGGGGAAGCGGCGGUCCUCUCCAUGUUCCACGUCUCCGUGGGGAAGAAGAAGGUUCCGGUGGCCGGCUGCCGGGUCCAGAAGGGUCAGCUGGACCGGAGGCUCCGGUUCAGGCUGACCCGCGGCCCAGAGACCGUCUGGGAGGGGUCUCUGUCCACGCUGAAGCACCACAGAGACGAGGUGCAGGUGGUGAGGUCGGGCAUGGAGUGCGGCGUCUCGGCCGAGGGCGGCGUGGACUUCCGGGUCGGUGAUGUCAUCGUGUGCUUCGAGGAGCUGGAGGCGGCGCAGGUCACUUCCUGGGACCCCGGCUUCUGAACAUUACCCAGCAUCCUCUGCUUCCGGUGUAAACGUGAUAUUUAAGUGUAAUCGUCUUUGUUGGACAUAAAUCAUCUGCAACACGA